GUAGCAGCUGGAAGUUUUCAUAGUCUCGCUCUUACCAGCCAAGGAAAUGUGUAUGCCUGGGGAUGGAACAAUUAUGGACAGCUUGGAAUGGGGUCUGCAGACAUGCGCCCGAAUAUCCCUUAUCCUUCUGAGGUCCUUUUUUUUGCUUCUUUGAAUUCGAAAGUCAUAAAACUUGCAGCUGGUUUCUCACAUUCUGCUGCAGUCACAUCGGGGGGAGUUUUGUACACCUGGGGUAAUAACAAGUAUGGGCAGUUGGGUCAAGGUGAUUAUCUCGCACGUCGCUUACCAACUGCUGUCUCGGGCUUCUAUGAUUCGAAUGGAAGGGUUUUGCAAGUGUUUGAUGUGGCAUGUGGGCUAUACCAUUGUUUAGCGCUAAGUGAACAAGGGCUUGUGUGGAGCUUCGGUUUGAAUUCCAGAGGACAGUUAGGCACUUGCGAC